AUGGGGUCUCUUUCUAUUGACUCUCAAGAGCGGCCAGUCCUGGUUUUCGGGGAUCAGACUGACAUCUUUUACCCGACAAUCAAACUCCUCUACUCUCAAACGUCGGCCAGUCCAUGGCUCCGAUUUUUCCUGCAGAACGCGACGUCCACGUUGAAAGAGGAGAUAGAUGCGCUAGAACCCAGGCUGAGAGACACAUUUGGCGGUGACUUCACCGACUUGUUGCAUCUAGCCGAGCGCUUUCGAGAAUCCGGCGAUCCCGAGGGCCUGGCAAGUACUGUUCUGGUAACUGUCAUGCGAGCUGGUGUUCUGGUACAAUACAUGGAAUCCAACCCCGCAAUUCUUUGCUCCAAUGAGAUCCCGAUUUGCCUGGCAGCUGCCUGCGGGGGUCUGUUGAACGCUGCAGCUCUCAUGUUUGCGAAUGACAUGCCUUCCCUGUGCCGUGCCGGGCUAGACACGAUCCGACUGGCACGUCGCCUCAUUGAGGUUGUCGCCGCGAGAUCAAGAUCGGUUCAGGAUGGCCCGGGCUGCUGGGGCUGGUUGGUGUCGGGCGUAGAUGCCAGCAGGCUGCAAUCUAUCCUCGAUUCCUAUCACGAGACUAAGAAUAUCGUUGAACAUAGAAAGCUGAAAAUAGCCGGGACUGGUCUCGAGAACGCGUGGCACACCGUCGUCGGCCCGCCACUCGUUCUGGAGGACUUUUUCGGCACAUGCCCGUUGGUCCAGGAUCUCCCGAAAUCCAAGCUGCGAGUCACAGGCCUCGUACACGUAAUUUCCGAUGUCACGCAGGCCGAGAUUGACUACGUAGCCGGCGGCAUGACGGCUGUUCUUCCGAUUCUCGAGAGCACUCCCCGUGCCAAUAUUCAGCUGGUAUCUUUGGGCGAAGGCGGCCUGCUUUCCGCGCCGUCGUGGAGCGCUCUCCUACAGCUGCUUGUCCGGGAGAUUCUCAGUCAGCCUCUGAACAUGACGCAGGGACUGUCGGCAGUGGAAUCAGUCCUCCCGCCGAACGCUUCGGUGAAAGUCUACGGCGUGGGGCCGUCGCUUCACAUUUCAACCUUGUGCGCGUAUUUGGAAGGGAAGGGCAAGAAGGUCCUCAAUAUAGAGACGGAGCCCAAGGCGCCUUCUGAUACCAAGGAACCAAGGCGGAACUCUGGGCGCAUCGCCAUCGUUGGCAUGGGCGGACGCUACCCUCGCUCCGGGGAUCUAGAGGAAUUUUGGGAAAAGAUUUGUGAAGCAAAAGCUCUUCACACUGAGAUUCCACAAGACCGCUUUGGCUUGGACGAUUACUACAAUGCCAGCAACUCGCCUUUCACGACAAAUACAAAAUACGGGUGUUUCCUUGACAACCCGGGGUUGUUCGAUGCCCGUUUCUUCAAUCUGUCGCCCCGUGAGGCAAUGGAGGUAGAUCCUGCCCACCGGUUAUUCCUGCUCGCCGUCUUCGAGGCUCUCGAGACUGCGGGGUACGCCCGACGCCCGCACACAAAGACGGAAGCGUGUCGGUUUGCGACAUUCGUGGGCCAAAUCGCCGAUGACUGGGCCGAGAUCAUCAGGCUCCGCGGCGGCGACGCCUUUAGCUUGACCGGAAACCAGCGCUCGUUUGCUGCUGGCCGCGUCAACUACCACUUCAAGUGGGUUGGUCCUGCGGUCACUCUCGACACGGCGUGCUCUUCAAGCAUGACGGCGCUAGCCCAGGCUUGCACGUUUCUCUUGUCUGGCGAGUGCGACAUGGCUGUUGCCGGCGGAACCAAUAUCCUUACGAGCCCGUUCAACUUCAACGUCCUCGGCAAGGCGGGAUUCACCUCUACAACGGGAGGGUGCAAGUCUUACCGAGCUGAUGCUGAUGGCUACUGCCGUGGCGAGUUUGUCGGCGCUUUCGUGCUCAAGCGGUAUGAGGAUGCCGUGGCGGCGAAUGACAACAUCCUUGCCGUGGUUUUGAGCUCGGCGAGGAAUCAUUCGGGAAACGCCAUCUCCAUCACACACUCGGAUCACGAUGCCCAGGAACAACUCAUGGCGGAAGUCCUCCGCAAGGCCCAUCUGGAACCUUCGGACGUAUCCUACGUGGAGAUGCAUGGUACCGGUACACAGGUUGGCGACUAUGCCGAGAUGACGGCAGUGAGCAAUGCUCUUGCCCGUGGUCGCCGGAAAGACCCUCUCCGCGUAGGCUCAGUCAAAGCAAACGCAGGACACGGCGAGGCUGGCGCAGGCGCUGCAGCAGUGAUCAAGGCCAUAAUGAUGUUUGAGAGGAGCAUUAUACCACCUCAGGCAGGACUUCCGAACCAGCUCAACCCGCGCUUCCCUCCUCUGUCGGAACUGAACGUGGAGAUCCCCACAACUAUUACCGAGUUCAAAACUGCCCCGGGCCGUCCGCGCAGAGUUCUAUUGAACAACUUUGACGCUUCGGGCGGAAACACCUGCCUGUUGCUGGAGGAGCCGCCCUCGCGGCAGACCGCCUCGGAAGCUGAGUUUUGCCUUCCGUCUACAUACACGGUGGUUACUUCAGCGAAGUCUCCCAAGUCCCACGAGAUGAACAAACGCAGGCUUCUGGCGUACAUCAAGUCGACGCCAAACCUCCGACUUGGAGACCUUGCCUAUACCGCCAGCGCCAGGCGUCUACACCACUCGAUUCGGUCAGCGUACACGGCGUCGUCCAUCGACGAGCUUGGACGCCUGAUUGAAGCCGCCAUUGAAGCAGCCGCCGGGUCUGUACCCAACGCUGGCACGCGCACCCCCGUGGUCUUUGCCUUCUCUGGCCAAGGCCAACUGCACGCCGGGAUGGGCGCGGCUUUGUACCGUCACGCCCCCGCGUUCCGCGACAAGAUGACCACAUGCGUCCGCAUCUGUGAAUCCUUCGGCUUCCCAUCCUUCAUCGAUAUCAUCAGCAACACGACGGUUAAGGUGGCGGAAAGGCCAGCGUGUGAGACGCAGUUGGCCAUCGUAUGUCUGGAGAUUUCCUUGGCCGCCUUCUGGGCUUCCUGCGGCAUAGUACCCGAACUUGUCAUUGGUCACAGCCUAGGGGAAUACGCCGCGUUGUACAUCGCGGGUGUUCUAUCUCUUGCCGACACGCUGCUUCUGGUCGGCAAGCGGGCUCUGCUGAUGGAGAAAUUGUGCCAGGCUGGUGCGUUUUCGAUGCUCUCCAUCGCGGCUCCAUUGGAUGCUGUGCAGCAGCUGGUCAAGGACUUUCCCCGCGCCUCCAUCUCCUGCAUCAACGGCCCUACCGCCAUCGUCGUGAGCGGUCCAGUGGAAGACGUAUCGUCUCUGCAAGCUACGCUCCGCACACGACGGAUUCGCUGCACGGUUUUGCCUUUGCCGUACGCGUUCCAUUCUGGCCAGUUAGAUCCCGUAUUGGACGACUACGCCGCCCUGGCACGAAGCGUUCCCUUUGGCGUGCCCAAAUUGCCCUUCGCUUCGACGCUGCUGGGCAAGGUUGUCUCGCAAGCCAACCAGAUCGACUGGGACUAUCUCGUUCGACAAACCCGCGAGGCUGUCGACUUUGUCGGCGGUGUCCAGGCCGUCGACGCGAAGCUGGGAGACUGCCUGUGGCUAGAGCUCGGCCCGGCUUCCGUGUUAAUCGACUUGGCCGCCGCUUUUCUACCCCCUCGAACCCCCGGAAAGGCACGCCUGGUCUCCUCGUUGAAGCCCAAUGUCUCACCCUGGACAUCCAUCUCUGCAGCACUCGCCACUGCCUAUGAAUCACAUCAAGACAUCGACUGGGCCGGGUUCUACGCCCCGUACGCCACCGGCCUACGCCUUGUUAGCUUGCCUGCGUACGCGUUCGAUCUCAAGAAUUACUGGCGUCCCUUUCCGGCGCGUACCGACUCAGCAGCAGCAAAAACAACCGUUGCGGCUGCGACCGAUUCAUCGCUGGCCCUUGCUCAUCCUCCUCCUCUCUCUACUUGUCUUCACCAUGUUGUAAGCACAUCAGCCUCGCUCGUCAAGUUCCGUUCUUCUCUUUCCGAGCCCCAACUCAAAGCGCUGAUCGACGGCCACCGGCUGAUGGACGUGCCUAUCUCACCGGCUUGCGUAUUGGGCGAGAUGGCCCUGACCGCUGCCGCAUACGUCUUCGCGAGGGCGGGGCACCAGGAUCUGAGAGCCAUCGACCUUGGAACCAGAGACUGCGUUUUCCUGAGGCCCGUUUCUGUUGAUCCCGCUCGAGCCGACCAGGCAGUCGUCAUCACCGCCGAGAUCUUGAACGGGCCCGAGGGUAUCGCCGAGGUCAAGAUGUUCUCUAACGCACAGGAAGGCUCCGGCCUCGCCGCAGCGCAGGUGAAGGUUCAUAUCGCGAAGCCAAAACAACUCCAUGAGGAGUGGUCCAUGGUUUCCCGGUUCAUCUGGGAGCGAUGUGCCGGUGUCGUUGAAGCUGCCAAAGGUGGUCGCGGCCAGCGCCUCACGCCCGCCUUUUUCUAUUCCAUCUUCGGACGGACAGUCCGUUACGCGGCGGCCUUCCAGCGGAUCACGGACGUCUUCCUCUCUCCCGAUAUGCAGGAGGGUGUUGCCGAGGUCAUCCUUGCGCCCACUCCAGACUCAUGCACCUUCACACUCAACCCGUAUUGGGUCGACAGCCUGACCCAUCUGGCAGGCUUUCUCGUUAAUGGUGACCCUGCCAAGUCUAGCGACUCCUUGUUCAUGAUGAACUCAUAUGACUCGUACAACGUGGUCGAGCCUUUGGAGCCCGACUGUCCCUAUAUAGUAUACACUCGUGUCGUCAGUCGAGAGAAGACAUCGGCAAUCGUCAAUGUGUAUAUUUUCCGCGAGGAGCGGCUCGUGAUGCAGAACUUGGGCUUGCAUCUGCAAGAGAUCCCCACGUCGCUCAUCGCGCGUAUGAUCGGCAAGACGGAUUUCAACAAGCCUUCUGGUGCUUCAACCGCACGGUCAGCUGGACAUAGCAGAGUUUCUCCAGUCGCCACCGUCAAUCGUCCAACGCGGGCUGCAAUCGAGGUGGUGCUGUCCGCCCAGCCACAACCACAAGAGCCGGAAGCAGAAGCAAACCCCAAAAAGUCUUCGCUCGCCGACACUCUACUAUCAAUAAUUACUGAAGAGACAGGGUGCGAGCUUUCGGACCUGACGGCUGCGACGAGGCUGGCGGAUCUUGGGGUAGACUCCAUAAUGGCCAUCCAGAUCGCGGAGAAACUCCAAACCAAGCUGGGUCUAGACAUCGGUGCCUCUGUAUUCCACGAGCAUCCAACCCUUGGCGAGCUCCAGACAGUGCUGUCGUUGAGAACUGGCUUGGCAACCGAGAGAGUCGACGUACAGAAGCAGGCUACGCUGCUACCCACGCAGUCCAACGGAACUCAAGGCGCCUCUUCGCCAGCCGUCAGCUUUGGGUUUCCAUCAGCGGCUGGCCGGCAGACUGGGCUUUUCGAGGUGCUUUUAUCCGCCAUCGCAACCGAGACUGGUGCUGAGCUAUCUGAUAUCGAUGCUGAGUUUACUGCACUCUCGGACCUCGGUGUGGACUCCAUCAUGGCCAUGCAGAUCACUACGACUGUUCGGGAGCAGACAGGCAUCGACAUCCACCCUUCGAUCCUUGUCGAAAAUCCAACCAUUGGCGCCUUGAAGCGGACGCUCGGACAAGAUAAGCCGCAGCAAGAGGAGCAGAAGUCGACACGAGCGGCCAGUGGAUCAUCGACGAUGACAUCGGACUAUGUUUCCAUUGAGCCUGUCCGAACGCCGAGUCCGGCUACGUCGGAGCCCGUAAUGGUGGACGCGAGCACUAUCCCUUCCAUGCACUCCCUGCAACCGGCAUCGGCACUUUCGGAUGUUAUUCAACCCCCGGCGCCGGCUGCGACCCCGAAAGUGAACGUUGUCCUGAUGCAGGGUCGCAAAUCGUCGGGCCAUGUGCCGCUGUUCAUGUUCCCCGACGGCGCAGGCAGCGCUUCCACCUACAUGUACCUCAAACGGUUCCGCAACGACCGCCCCCUGUAUGUGCUAGAGUCUCCGUACCUCCAUAGCCCACGGGAUUUUAAUGUGGGUGUCGAGGAAGUCUCGGCACUCUUUAAGCAGGCCGUCCUCGACGUACACCCAAGCGGAAACUUCCUACUGGCGGGGUACUCUGGCGGCGCCAUCUACGCGUACGAGACGGCUCGCCAGCUCAUCCUGGACGGGCACGUCGUGCAGGGCCUGUUGCUCUUCGACAUGGCGGUGCCCCGGCUCCGACCCGACCCGGGUAUGCCGCCGGCCAUGAGUCUGCUGCUCCCGCCGGCCAUGGUCAAGGCGCGUAACUGGGCCGACCCGGUCGUCAUGCGCAACCAACAGAUGCACAUGGCGCAGAUGGUCCGCACCGUCGCCGAAUACGAUCCCGUACCGAUGCCGCCUGGUCGCCGGCCUCGCCACACUUGGCUGACGUGGUGCAAGCGCGGUGUUAUCGAGCGCCUCGAAGACGACGCGCGCCGACAGUUGCGGCAGAGUGGUAUACUCACAGAGCCGAUACCCGACUUCAUGGAGGAUCCAGCCGUCGGCCCGUUUGCGUGGGCAAUCCCACCAGGCAAACCUUUGGGCCCUAAUGGCUGGGACAAGCUUGUCGGCAAUAUCAGAUGCACCUCCAUUGAUGCCGAUCACUUUACCAUGAUCAUCCCACCUGAUGUCGCCAAGUUUCAGAAGGCUCUUGAGGAUGCUUUAGUAUACUGUACUGACGGUUGA